CUCCACUUGCACUCCUCCACUUGCAAUCCUCCACCGCACCACGCCUCCUCUCCCUACCCGCGCGCUUCUCGCGUCGUGCGCGGCGUUAUUAAUCCAUAUCAACAACAGCCAGUCCAUUCAUCACCACACCAAUGUCCAUCGAUCCAGAAACCAGAAGAAAGUUCUUGCUCCUACAAAAGAACGGCGACAACAAGAAGUGCUUUGACUGCGCCGCGCCAAACCCCCAAUGGGCCUCUCCCAAGUUCGGGAUCUUCAUUUGUUUGGAAUGUGCUGGUAUCCACAGAGGGUUGGGUGUCCACAUCUCGUUCGUCAGGUCCAUCACCAUGGACCAGUUCAAGCCGGAGGAAACUUUGAGAAUGGAAAAGGGCGGGAACGCCAGACUCAAGGAGUAUUUCACCCAAAACGGCGUGGACUUGGCGUUGCCAGCCAAGGCCAAGUACGACAACUACGUGGCUGAGGACUACAAGGAGCUCUUGACCUGCGACAUCGAGGACAGGGAGUACGUGCCCAAGGACCACUCGGGUGAGUCGUUGCCAGACGCCAGCACCACCAGCGCUGGCGCUACUCAGGCUGCUUCCACUCCCCAAGAGUCCAUCCAGUCGCGUAGGGGUCGCGCAGCUGAUAAGCAGAAGAACGAAGCAUACUUUGCGGAGUUGGGGUCAAAAAACGACCUGAGACCAGACCACUUGCCUCCUUCGCAGGGAGGCAAGUAUGCCGGAUUUGGCAACACACCAGCUGCCAGCGAGAGCAGCGGAAGUGGUGGAUCGUUGGCAGGUUUCACCGUUGAAAAAUUCCAGUCGGAUCCACUUGGCACUUUGUCGAAGGGAUGGGGCUUGUUUUCGUCAACCGUGGUCAAGUCUGUCAACGAGGUCAACGAGUCUGUGAUCAAGCCUAGCAUCAGUCAGUUGCAGGAGAGCGAGAUCAGUGCCGAGGCCAAGAGGGCCAUGGCCCAGUUCGGCCAGAAGAUGCAGGCCACAGGCAAGUAUGGCCAGGAAACCUUCAACUCGUUCACCAACGACAUAAACCAAAACGGAAUCAACAAGACCAUCGAUACCAGAUUCGGCAAGCUCUUCGACGGGUUGCUGGUGAGUGAAAAGGAGCCUGUCCAGCCGGCAUUCGGCUUUAAGGCUGCUGAAAAGACGAAGUUAGAGGGGUUUGCAGGUGGAAAGAAGAAGGAAGAGGAUGACGACAAGUGGGACGAUUUUUGAGCACGAUAGAGUGGUCCACUCAGGUAGACCAGGCCCGCUGCCCAUACCAGAUAUUCUCAAUGCAUAAUUAUAUAGAAAUAGUACAGGUCUAUGCCGGG